AUGGCGACCCGCCGCGCCUCCAACACCGCCGCCGUGGCGCCUAAUUCGACAAACGAUAUCUGCCCGGUCUGCAAGACCAUGCGCUACCUUAACAAGGACCUCGAGUUCCUCAUCAAUCCCGAGUGCUACCACCCCAUGUGCGCCAACUGUGUCGCCCGCAUCUUCUCCGACGGGCCCAAUCAGUGCCCCUACGCCGGCUGCCACCGGACACUUCGCAAAAAGGGCUUCAAGUCGGCCUACUUUGGCGACCUCACCGUCGAGCGCGAGGUCGACAUCCGCCGGCGCGUCGCCGCCGUCCUCAAUAAGGUCGAGGACGACUUCGAGACCCUGGAGGACUACAACGGCUACCUCGAAUGGGUCGAGACCCUCACCUUCGACCUCAUCUCCGGCACCGACGCCGAGAAGAAGGCCGCCGAGGCCCGCCUCAUCGAGUGGGAGCAGGCGCACAAGGCCGAGAUCGAGCGCAACAGGCGGCUGGCCAAGGAGUCCGAGGCUGAGCGCGUUGCGCGCUUCGAGGCCGAGAAGGAGGAGGCCCGGUUGCGGCGCAUGCAGGCCAUGCAGGAGGACGCCGCCGAGAAGCAGCAGGGCCAGCGCAUGCGCGAGGCCAUGCUCGACGGCCUGGCGAGCAGCGACGCCGGGGAGGCCAAGCAGACGCUGAACCGCGUCCUGCUCAAGAAGCGCGGCCAGAACCGUCUCGCCUCCGCCGUCGGGUCUCUGUCCGACGCCACAACGGCCCCGGGCCUGUCGAUCCGCGGCCUCAAGCAGCAGAAGAAGCGCGUCAUCGAGGAGAACAGGCCGUACGACCCAUUUGGCGGCCUCAAGCUCGAUAUGGAGAGGUACGCGAUGGGACCGCCGGAGGAGUAUCGCAAUCACUGGAUCGACGAGGCGAGGAAAAAGGACGACAUCGUCGUCGGGGGAUACAGCGCCGACGAGUACCUCGGCCGCGCCAUGUUCGAAGCCUUUUCCGGAUUGGCCGUCUUCAUCGAGGAUGAGAAGGGCCCUGAGAAGGUGGCCACCACCGAGGCCGCGCAAGUGGCCUCCACGGGUCAGACCACCCAGAGGAUGGACGUGGACGACGUCUUUUAG